CAGGCAGAAGGCGCAGGAGAGCUAAGAGGCUCAUAGGGAAUAUAAAUAAGAAGGGUGGCUGUUAGGGGCAUCUAGCCCAUCACUGUCUCCUUGAAGAGAGGCAAAAAGACAGAUUGGCUCAGGACACUGGUGUCUCAAAAGUGAGUGGUGUUCAUUUGCCUGGGUGCACAUAAGUUAAUAUAGCUACAUUAUAAAUAAGUACUUUUUAAGGUAGAUAAUCGUGGCAGGAGCUUAUCUUCAGAGAUGGAGUGGAAAUUAGAAAGAUCUGCUUCUAGGAAGGUCAAGACAGAUGAAGACAUGUUGUGGGAGAAAGUAAUGAAAACACUUGGGAAAGACCUUAAGCAGAUGAGAAAACAAAGUUUACAGAAGUUCACUAAGAUGCCCGAUUCAGGAAAGCCCACCUAUUCAAGAUUUAAAAGUUGCAUUGUGAAGAAACUGACGUGCAGUGUCCCUGUUGCUAGUAGCCCUAUCGUCACAAGAUGGCAGCAGACACACGCAAGAAAUCAUGCCGAGCAAACUUUCACAGAGUGUCAGCCUAUUAAUCUCUUUCCAGCUGAUGGAUCUGAGCUAGUAAGGACUCCUGAGAAGAUCUCAACAAUCCCAGUAUCCUUUCAGGUGCCUAUCAAAAAUUCUACCAACGAACCUUAUAUCAUUACUAAUGCCACAGCGAGGUGUCAUGAGACAACUUACUUACAAGGAAGAAAUAAAAGGAGAGCUGAAAUUGCAAAGAAAAGGAAAUGUCUUACACAGCGGUUAAUGUUCCAAGAGGGUGGAUUCGACAUCCCAGAAAAUGACAGUAUAAAGAUCUGUGGAAACACUGAGUGUAUUUGGAAAGGCUGCCAGAAUGGAAUGCAUAAUGAAUUUACUGCUCACAGAGUUUCCACUAAUACCGAAUCUUUCAUACCAUUGGAGCCAGAGGUCAGGCUUCAUAUUAGUGGCUUACGCAAUGAUUACUAUCUAAACAUACUGGACUGGAACCAGGAAAAUCUCAUUGCCGUUGCUCUAGGAUCUGCUGCACACAUUUGGAAUGGGGAAACCCACCGAAGCACCGAAAGAGUUAAUUUAAAUUCCAAUUUAAAAUAUAUUUCUUCUGUAGCCUGGAUAAAAGAGGGAACUUACCUUGCAGUUGGCACCAGUGAUGGAGAAGUGCAAUUAUGGGACAUUGAAACCAAAAAGAGGUUGAGAAACAUGUUUGGUCACCUGUCUGUGGUGGGAGCCAUGAGCUGGAAUCAUUAUAUACUUAGCAGUGGUUCAAGACUCGGAUUAAUUCAUCAUCAUGAUGUUCGGAUUUCUCAGCACCAUGUAGGGACCCUUUGCCAUAACAAGCAGAGCAUUUGCAGCCUGAAAUGGUCCACAAACAACAAGCUGCUGGCAAGUGGGUCCAGUGAUGGUCUAUUGAAUAUCUGGCCUAAUGACCCCGGUGCGACAGUGCAUUGCAAGCCAUUGAAAGCCAUACCCCAUGCCUCAGCAGUAAAGGCUAUGAACUGGUGUCCAUGGCAGUCAGAAAUCCUUGCGACAGGAGGUGGAAUGAAGGAUGGAUUUUUACGUAUCUGGGACGUAAGCACUGGGAAAAUCAUAGAAACCACAGAUACAAAAUCUCAGAUUUGCUCCCUGUUCUGGUUACCCAAAACCAAUGAAUUAAUGACUGGACAAGGUCUCCCUAAAAAUCAGAUGAAAAUAUGGAAGUAUCCCACACUUACAAAUUCAACUGAUCUCUAUGGUCAUAAAGGAAGAGUCUUGCACAUAGCACUGAGCCCAGAUCAUAGCAGGAUCUUUUCUCUUGCAGCUGAUGGAAUGGCUUGUGUGUGGAAAUACUGCUAAUCUGGUGAAAGCAAGCACAGAAGCAAGGACUUUCAGGAGGAUUAUUCUAGUUAGUUGUGGCAACUUUUUUCCAUUGACUUUUGAAAGUGAGCCGUUAAAGGUUUUUGGCAAUGACAGUAAUACAAUGACAGUAAUGACAGUAAUCCAACAAAUCUUUCCAAAUAAUAAAUUCUUUCCAAAUGAAACAUGGAAUAAAGAUAACACCUUAGUUCAUUAUCACAUGGAAUGCGCUUGAGCCUGCACUGUCUGUGCUUUAGAUGAAAAACAUUCUAACUCUGAUUAAUAAUAUCACAUUUGUUUUCCUUAAACCAAUAACCAUGGGUGGCAUUCACACAUGCACCGAGCACGAGGAUUAUGCACCAAUUAAGUCUCACUUAAUGCCUGUUUUGAGCCAUAGGCCUAAUGAAAAGUUCUACAUUGUCCGAUUCUCAGGAGUACAGUCCCUUAGGGCAUGUAUACACAGCCUACAGAAGCAAGCCUCCCAGCCUGGGUUGACAGAUUUGGGUUAGCAGGGUUUGUGCUAGCACAAUAAAAAUAGUUGUGUAAACAGUACUUCGAAGUUGGAGCUCAGAUUCUGAAACCUAGGGAGGCUUUUAUUAAACCCCACCCCUCUGUAUUUCAAAAGUUUUUAACAUCUAAAAUAAUAAAUGCAUACUAAUCAUAAUUAUAUAGUCUUUUUGUAACUUGCUAGUCAAUUACUUGUCUAUGUCCAGGAAACAGAGGCUAUGAGUCUGUUGCAGCCAGGAUGUGUGGCUUUUGGCUUAAGCUGUGGUGACUUAUGUCUUUCGUUUUAGAGGUCACCAGUUUGAUCCCCUGCAUUAGCAAAGAUUAUAGCUGUCAUAGUUGCAUGGGCUUUAUUUCAUACUUGCUGGGGCAAAUUCUCUUUGAUUUUUAGUAAGACUUUGCCUGAAUAAGGACUGAAUACUGACAUAAGCUAAAUAAGGACUGCACGAUUUGGCCCAGUGGUCAGCAAGCUCUCAUUCAAAGCGUUUUAAAGCCUUUGCAACUCCACGAAUGUCUCUGGCAUUCUCCUUCCAUCAUCUGAAAGCAGGAGAAGCAAUGGACUUGGAGUGGGCUAACGAGAGACAAGAGAGAAGGAAAGGCUUGCCUCUGUUCCCAAAAAGACCCUUGAAACACUUUUUGUGUAAAAAGAGCCCCAUAGGAGUAGAAACUCAUGGCCCUUUCUAUCUGAAAAAUAUUAGAAUGGUUCCUGUAACUCAGCUGAGGAGGUGGGAGUUGCGAUGAGUGAUAUAAAGUCAGCCCAUGGUUUUCAGAAAGGAAAAUUCAGCUGCAGCUGAAUGGGUGACGAAGCGCAGACAGCGUUAAGGGGGCUGCAGAGGCAUCUGGAAAUGAAUCUACGAUGGUCACAUCUUUUGUUCUCAUCCAUUAUUUAAAACCACAUUUAUAAAUCACGUAAGAACUGACUUUAGGGCCAGAGAGCAGACACCACUAGUUGCAUUUUCUCAAAUAUCACAAGCACAUCAAAAGUUGCUCAUUUACAAUAAGUGUGAUUCAGCCCAAAGCCUCUGGUUUAGUGGCCACCUAUUGUGGUCUUACUUCAAAGCAGGUUGGAAAAUAAGAACUCUUUGGUGGUGCACAUAGAAAUAACUACAAAAAAAGCUGAGGUCUAAGAACAGGAAAUUAUUAAUUCAGAGUUUGUCUUCCAGUAUGAACAUGGCUAUUGCAGCUGAAUUUAACAAGCAUUUAAAAUCUGUGACCAGAAUAGUGAUUUUUUUCCUCUCAGUUGCAGGGAAAGCAGAAGGAACAGUAAAUUGUGAAUUUGUUUAUUUUCUCCUUAUUUCUGGGAUUUCCCCCCCUUUUGCUGUUGGGGAAAUUUGAAUAUCAUAACCUCACCAACUAGAUUAGGGGAGAUAUUUGUUUUGAAUCUGAUCAUACUUUGCUUGAUAAAUUGGAAGGGAGUUCUCAGAAAAUACAGUACUGUGAGGCUAAUCCUUUCUCCUUCUUACAUUGCAGAGGUCCUUAAAAUGUGGAAUCUUGAUUCAUUCUAAUUUUUCCAUUGGCAUUACAUUUAAUGGUGAUGUGGGAACUUGCUCCUUUCCUUGGGCUGUCAGAGUUAAUAUUUGUUAAGCUUCUGAGCACACAGCAAAGUCCAUCUUUUCCCCCUCUUUGCUAAGGCUUUUGAGGAUGAAGUAGAUUGAGAUGGAUAUAUUUAUGGGCAGUCAUUUUUCUAUCUGUAUGUUGUAUUUUUCAUUUCUAGGAUCGGUGCCCAGAACACUGGAUGGGUACCUAGAGAUUUAUUUAAAUAAAUAAUUAGAUUAAAUUAAAUUAAUGCACUAAUGAAUGCAUCCAUUUUAAGUAUUCAUGUAUUAAAAACACAGUAAAAAAGACUGUGGAAUUUUGUUUUUUUUUUACUGCCUUUUGUGACAUGGACAUGAUGUAAUUUAGCAUGUCUGCCAUAGAUGGAA